UCACUCUCUCUCUCUCUCUCUCGCUCUCUCUCUUUGUGUACAUGUACCGUAAACGUAUGCAUGUAUAUGCGUACGUAUUUUACACACAAAACGCGCGUCCUCUGCUUUAGCAAGAGAAGGAUAGAGAUGAGACAACUGCUUGAACUCAGAGGAGCUCUUAUAGACAGAGAGAGAGAGAAAGAGAGUGAUAUUGAGAGACGUGUGGAGGGAAAAGGAGGUACUCCGCAGGCGAUAUGGGCGUGGAACGAACGACUCUUAGCGAGUUCGAUCUCUUAAAAACUUCCUGUCUCUCGUCUUCCUCGUAUCCUUUUUCUUUCUUUUUUUCUUCCUAUCUUUUCUUCUCUCUCUCUCUCUUUUCUCUUUUUUCUCUCUUAUUCUUUUUUCUUCGUUUAUACGCUAAAGAAGAUAAAGAAAAAGAAAAAGAAGAAUUAUCGGAAGACAAGAAAAUGAUCUUUGGUGAACAUGAGAGGAAUAGAGAGAGAGAGAGAGAGGGCGCAUCACAAGUCAAAAAGCAUCCGGUAGUGGUGAACUACUGCUGCCACUAUACUUCGUUAUCGGUUUUGUGUAUAUACAUAUGUGUAUAUAUAUAUAUAUAUAUAUACAUACACAUAAUUAUGUACGUCAUAUCUUCGAACUGUGUUUGGUGCCAAUGGUGGUAGUGCUGCUCUAGUAAUAAUGAUGAUGAUGAUGAUGAUGAUGAUAAUUAUGGUGAUGAUUUUUGGUGCUGGUGUUCAUUUUGUGUUGAUCGUAUACGUUCUUACGCCAAUGUCGACCACCCUGUCUCAGCUGUCUUUUGUUUUUACAUCGCUUCGCCGGAUGGCGGCCAAUUUUGGAGACUCUCUUUGGGUCGGCAAGGUUGCGUCGAACGAGCCUGGAUCGAAAAUGGAUCAAAGUCGUUCCAGUGAUCGGAAUGGCGUCAACGAUCGAUGGCCGUCGAAAAGGUGCUUGUCUCUUCUGUCAAGAGUACUUUAUGGAUUUGUACCUUCUCGCCGAGUUAAAGACGAUCUCGUUGAAAGUGACGACCGUCGAUAUGCAAAAACCACCACCUGAUUUUCGUACCAAUUUCCAAGCGACCCCACCUCCUAUUUUGAUCGACAAUGGCGAUGCCAUAUUGGAGAACGAAAAGAUCGAACGACACAUCAUGAAGAAUAUACCCGGUGGACAUAAUCUUUUCGUACAGGACAAAGAAGUUGCCACUUUAGUAGAGAAUUUGUUUAGCAAAUUGAAAUUGCUACUGCUCAAUGCAAAAGACAAGGAUAAAGAUCCGAAGUCAUCCUCUUUGAUGGCACACUUACGAAAGAUCGACGAACACUUGGGUCGCAAGGGUACGCGCUUUCUCACGGGCGAUACGAUGUGCUGUUUCGAUUGUGAACUCAUGCCACGACUUCAACACAUCAGGGUCGCUGGGAAAUACUUCGCGAAUUUUGAAAUUCCCGAAAGUCUGGUGCAUCUUUGGAGAUACAUGCACCAUAUGUACAGGCUCGAUGCAUUUCUACAAAGUUGUCCGGCCGAUCAAGACAUCAUAAAUCAUUAUAAACUACAACAGAGCAUGAAGAUGAAAAAGCACGAGGAAUUGGAGACGCCAACGUUCACUACCAGCAUCCCUAUCGAGGUCAAUGACGACUAGGCUGGACCUUCGUCAUCGAGUCUAGGAUUUCUUUUUUUUUCUUUUCCUUGGAUUCGAGACGAUAUAGUCAACAUCAUCAACAACAUCAUCAAAAACAACAAUACAGUCCUAAUACGAUCAACCUAUCGCGACAACAAAUAUUCGAUGUAGCGAAGUUUCGAUGAACCGUGUUUCGAACUUAAAAAUGAAUCGUUGGUGUUUUGUCCUUAGAGAAGGGAAAGAGGAAUGUGAGAAAGUGGGAAACAUUCCAUCGAAACUUCCCGUCAUUUAAAAAAUUAGUGUUGACACGACUAAGUUGAUCAAUGUAAAAAAACAAAUUUUCGAAAGCUUUUGCUACGUUUAUAUAUAUAUGUAUGUUUAUAUAUAUAUGGCCGAGCCAAAUCCAGAUUAAUUUAACUUUUUUAUCACGAUACUUUGAAUAGGUAAAACAAGUAUAAAAAAAAAAAAAGGAAAGGAGGAAGAAAAAACAGAAAACUCCACAAGCCCAAGUUUGAUUCUUUAUUUAAAUUUUCAUACAUGUAUGUACAUACGAGUAUAAAUUGACGGUGUCGUUUUUCUUUUCCGCUUAUUUUUCUUUAAUUUUUAAUAUUACAUACGAAUAAUGUAUGUAAACGUUUAUCAAGAGAACAACAUGAUGUUGCGUUGAUAAUAAAUCGGACUUGUCAUUUUUCGAUGAUAGCGAUUAUUUCUAUUUGGUAAUAAAACGAAGAAGAGAUAUUACGAAUAAGAA